AAUUUUUCCAAGACCUGGGGGCAUUUUGGCGUUUUUGUGCCAUUUCCCCAAAAUUGACAAAAUUUUCGUCAAAAUAGGGAGAUCGGGCUUAUGAUGUAUUUCCAGGCUCGUUCACAACAGAUCGAUAUUUGUUUGACUACUUCCUACGUUUCUGUUCUCCAUUCUUCUAGCUAUUUGGACUGAGUUUAUGAGAUUCAACCUUUCUUAUUAUAUACAGUUCUUUUUGCGGCUAGAUCCUGUAUACCUUAUUAAUACUGAAACCAAAGAUAAUGAAACUGGUCCUACUAUCUUUUUAACAGGCUGAUUUCCACUUCUAAUGGUUUUUAUAAAGUAUAGUUACCAAUAAGUCAUUACGUUGAAAACGUUUUGAUUACUUGUAAAUAUGUGGCAGUGUAAAUCCCAUCUUGUUCCAUUGUAGACCAAUGAAGCAUCCCCUUAAAGUUCAGCAGCCCUCUGAUAAUGAGGAAGACGACUCAGAAAGCUUUAAAAAAGUUAGGCGUGUAGUCUGCAAAGGUAAAGCACCAGUCGACGUUGAAUGUGUUGCUAAAGUCAAUUCAGCUUAUGUUUAUUAUGAAGGCGAUGAUAUUUACGAUGCCAUGCUAAAUCAGACUAAUGUUCAAAAUAAUAACAAUAAAUACUACAUUAUACAGCUUUUAAAAGAUGAAAGUAUAAACAAUUACUCAGUUUGGUUUCGUUGGGGUCGAGUUGGGAAAUCUGGCCAAAAUAAACUUGAAAAUUUUGGUGGUAAUUUACAAGCUGCUAAGAGUUGUUUUGAAAAAAAGUAUAAUGACAAAGAUUUUGCAGUUGUAAACGUAUUUUAAAAAAUAGGUUUCUAGACAAAACACUAAAUCAGUGGGGAGAAAGAAGGAAUUUCAUAAAACACAAUGGAAAGUAUGAUAUGGUCGAAAUUGAUUAUGGUGUACAAGAUGAAAACGCAACUGCAAAGAAAAAGAAGGUUAAAGAAGUUAAAUCACGACUUCCUGUUGCCGUGCAGGUACUUAUGAAAUUAAUAUGUGACUUUAGUAACAUGGAACAAGUUAUGACUGAACUAAAAUAUGAUUCACGCCGAGCUCCUCUAGGAAAGCUUAGUAAAUCACAAAUUUGUGCAGGUUAUAAAGCAUUGGAUAACAUAUCCCAAAUGAUUGGUGCCUUGUCAGCUUUAAGUCAAGCGUGUAAUACUGAAACAGAAACUAAGCCAAGGGGCAGAGUAAAACGUAUCGUCAAAACAAAUGUGGGUGAUAAACGUAAACUUGAAGAACAAUUGCUGUUGGCCUGUAAUGAUUUCUAUACACGGAUACCUCACGAUUUUGGUAUGCGUAUACCACCGGUUAUUCGUACAAUGCCUGAAGUCAAAUCAAAAAUUGAACUACUAGAAGCCUUAUCCGAUAUUGAAUUUGCUGUAAAUAUUUUGAAGAAUAAUCAAUCAUCUACUGAAAAUAUUAUUGAUGUAAAUUAUAAACGACUGAAUUGUGACAUUAAACCUCUGCGAUCAACUGAUCCAAUGUAUUCGUUGUUAACCGAUUACAUGCACGAAACACAUGGAGUUACACAUAAUUGGUAUACAUUGGAAAUAUUAGAUAUAUUCGAAUGUCAAAAAUCUGCAGAACAAGGAGAAUUCAAAGAUUACGGGAAUAGGAUGCUUCUUUGGCAUGGAAGUCGUUUAACUAAUUGGGUUGGCAUUUUAGGCAGAGGUUUACAAAUUGCUCCGCCUGAAGCUCCAUCUUCUGGUUAUAUGUUUGGAAAAGGUGUAUAUUUUGCUGAUUGUUCAUCGAAAUCAGCCAAUUAUGUUUAUCCAACACAAGCUAACAACGUUGGACUCAUGAUUGUUUGUGAGGUCUCAUUAGGUAAACAAAGAGAAUUAUAUCAAUCAUGUUAUAAUGCUCAUGAAAAUCUCGCUGAUUAUCAUAGUGUAAAAGGUGUUGGUAAAUGGCGAACAGAUUCUGCAACAUGGAAAACUUUGAAUGAUGGUGUUAUAGUACCAUGUGGUAAAUUAAUUCAAGCACCUGAAAUUGAAGCAAAUAAAUGUAUUUUACAAUUUAAUGAAUAUAUUGUCUAUUGUGUAAAUCAAAUACGUUUACGAUAUUUACUGAAGGUGAAAUUUAAUUUUGUUCAUUAA